UGGAUUGUCAUUCAGCAGAGGAUUGAUGGCUCGCAGAGUUUCAAUCAGAUUUGGAAUGUUUACAAAUCAGGAUUUGGAUUAUACCACAAAAACUUCUGGUUGGGCUUGGAGAAGAUGCACCAAUUAACGACCUCGGCUGAUUACAGGUUGAGAUUUGAAAUUCUUAUCAGUGGUUCUUGGUUCUCUGAUGAAUAUGAUCAUUUCAAGAUUGGUUCGGAGAUAGAGAAGUACAUUGUCAACGUUUCCAAAUACAACGGAGAUAAGUGUGACAUUAUGAACCAUCCGGAUCCAAACUAUCGUCACAACGGCAUGAAUUUCUCCGCUCCAGAUCAGGAUAACGACCCAUACCCAAACUACCACUGUGCUAAAAGUCACGGAUCUGGAAACUGGUUCCAUUGUUGUUACUACCAACGAGUCAAUGGAAUUUUCGGUUCGUCUUUUGACUACUGUUACAAAGUAGCCACUUACUCAAGGAUGAUGAUCAAAAUUAAUUAA